GGCUGAGUGAGAAACAUGAUUUUGUUUCACCAGCAGAUCUCAGCAGACAUCUUAGUCCCGAAAAUUCAACCCUCGUUUCUCGAAGACAUUUCACACACUACUAGCAAACAUGCUUACUCGCUCACUAAUGCUACUGAGUGCCGUUGGGUACUGUGCACUCGCUGGGAAAGCGGGACCACUCAAGGGAGGAUCUGGUGUCUCGCCCCGUCAGCUCGACGAUUGUUUAACUCCAGGAUGGAUUCCAGUAUGCCCUGGCGAUCUUCCAUGUAUCCCACCUUCGGGUACAUGCUGCACAGGCGACUACUAUCAUCUACCAGGCGAGGAAUGCCCCGAAGGAUACUCUGAAGUCCCCCGCAUCGAUCAACCCAGUUCGCCUUCUGCUUCCAUCACGCCAGCCCCCUCCGCCACUUCAAUCCCAGACCCAGUCGUCGUCGACUACUCAUGGUACACUUACUCAUAUACCUACUACUACUACUAUUACUACUACUAUUAUUUCGACACCACUUACGAGAUUACAUCUACUGAGACGACAUACUACACAACCUUCUCGUUCACAGCGACGGAUGAUGCGGCCGCAAGCUCUGUGUACGAGUCUUUCACCGCUGCUUUCGUUGAAGCUGUUCCCACACAGUCAGAGACGCCUACGCUUGGCUUUGUUCCAGCUUCGAGUGCAACUUUGGGACCAGUAUCAACAUCCAGGGUUACGCCGUCGUCGACGAGGGUGAUUACUUCGUCCAGGGCGUCGACGUCCUCGGAGGAUGCUACCUCGACUGUCGAAAGUACUUCGUCUAGUGCUACUCCAACCCAGUUCACCGGAGCUGCCACCAGCCUUCGUGCUGGAAGUGUUAUAGUGUCUGGAAACGUCUUCGCAUUUACACUUGGAGCCUUCAUCUUGACUCCGGGUAUGCUGAUGCUUCUACUUUGAGUGUAAUACUACGAGCCGACCGCGCCAUGUCGAAAUGGAGACAUACUAUGUGGGCUCUUGGGUAUGAGAGCGAUAUCACUUGCAUAA